ACAUUUUAUGCAGGAAAAAGCAGAAGUCCAUUAAGUCUGUACUGUACGAGGCUCCACACGCAGGGAGCUCGGAUCCGGAGCGCGCCGCUCACCGCCGCACAUGCGCACUCGGUCCAGCAGCAGCGGCACCUCUCCCUGCAGAUCGGUGACAGUUGGGAUAUUUUUUUUCUCCUCGCCUCCUCCUCCGUUGGUAGCUGCUGUCAAAACAGCAUAGUUUCUUGCCGGUUGUCGCUGAAGUAUCGCGGCGAUCGAGCGAACUCCAAGGUGAAUAGGGCCUGAUGUUGCCUGAAUCCAGACCUUCUCACCUCCACGCCGAGGCCUAGGCGGUGGCGGCAGCUAAGUGACGGCUUGAGUGCGGCUCGCUGGACACCGAGCGAAGGUGGCGGUUAUGUUUUGAACUUGCUUUGAAGUAUCGGUGACAUUCCCCUCACGGAGCCGUUUGGGGGAGGGAAGAACGGAACUGGCGUGGAUAGAGUUGUGGCCCCGGAGCCCCCGGGCGGCCUGGCACCGCCGCCCGAUACAAUUACCUUGCCCGUGGCUUAACCCCCGUGCUCGUCAGUUUGUUUUCGACGGGUCGUUGGAAUUUAGAGUCAAGAUGCCAGUUACUUGAUAUUUUGAAAUGUGCUUAAAACAGCAAUCAUGAAGCACCAAAAAGAAAAAAAUUGUUGGCAAUGUUCAUGAUACCCCCAAAAGUGACUAAACCAAGAUAAUCAUGGUGCUGUCCUAAAUGUUUUGGAACUUGCUAAAAUAAAAAGAUGACGGAGGUGCAAGCAACAGUGGAAUUCUCUGUUGAAUUACACAAGUUUUAUAAUGUGGACCUUUUCCAGAGAGGGUUUUACCAGAUACGUGCAACAAUGAAGUUGCCUCCCAGAGUUCCUCAUAAGUUGGAGGCAAGUCUACUGAAUCCAGCAGGUUCUGAACUUGCCUUUCCUGCUUCUGUCCAAGAUUGUACAGCCUGCAGUAAAACUUUUCAGAUUCUUUAUAAAAAUGAAGAGAUUGUUGUUAAUGAUGUAUUACUCCUGAAAAUUAAAAUGUUGCUUGAUAGCAGAAAGAUUGAAGAAUCCCUGAAUGAGAUGGAUUUCCAACUGUCUUUAGAUCUCAACUUUACCGAUAAAGAUUUUACAUUUGAUGACCUGAAAUCUCUGCAAUUAAUUAGUAGUCGGACUUUAAAGAUGCACUUCAAUUUACAUCGAGGACUUCAUCACCAUGUCAAUGUAAUGUUUGAUUAUUUCCACCUCUCUGUUGUAUCAAUUACUAUACAUGCCUCCUUGGUUGCACUUCAUCAGCCUCUAAUAAGCUUUCCUCGUCCAGUGAAGAACACUUGGUUAAACAGGAAUACCCCAGCUCAAAGCAAAGAUUAUGCCAUUCCAUCUCUUGAGUGUGUGGUUUUCGGCAGCAACUAUACAAAACAAUUAUUACCUGAUGGAAGCAACUUUGUGGUACCAGAAACCUGCAUGCAACAUGCCUACAAUUUCCAUUAUAAUCUCUGUUCAAGCUUACUACUGGCUUACAAGGGUCUUUUCAACUAUUUUGUUGUGGUCACUAAAGAAUUGCCUUCAUCUCGCAGGAUGGAAUUGGCCAUGACCAACAUGCAGGUCCUUUAUGAACGACUUCUCAGAAGAAAAUAUCCAAGAGCGCAGAGGGACGCCUUAAUAGAGAAGAUUGAUGUUGAUGCUAGACUUGCAGAUCUUUGUAAACAGAUAAAGCAAAAAGUGGAAAAUCCUGAUGAGCUACCAGAGUGGGUGAACAUGGAUCUUGCACAACUUUGUUCUUUGUUGAUGGCUCUUUGGGCACAGUUUUUAGAGAUUGUGUCACUGCAAGAAGAGAUUUCAGCGUUGUUAGCAAAGGAACAUCAUGCACUUCGAGUAAGAAGAUUUUCAGAAGCAUUUUUCUGCAUUGAGCACCCAAGGCAAGCAGCCCUAGCAUAUCAAGAAUUGCAUGCACAAAGUCAUGGGCAUAUGGCUGCCGCUGUAAAAAAUUCUACCUAUUUUAAUUCCCUUCCACCUCUUCCCGUGGAAUGUGCAGAACUAGAUGGUGACUUCAGCUCACUGCCCAUUAUCUUUGAGGAUCGAUAUUUGGAUUCAUUCCCAGAAGACUUGGAUGUUCCCUGGAGCGGAGUUCAGAACUUAAGAAGAUCGUCUUUUUCUGUCAAACUGGAAAAAUCUGACUCAAGAGAUUGUAACUCUUCAAGUAUUUCUAGUCCUGAUUUUAGAGCAAGACCAGCAAGCCUCUACCAUGUUAAACAUACAGACAGUGAGAAGCUGCUGACAAAACAGCAUAAGACAAAAGCUGAAGAACACGGCAAAUCAAAAGUAAAAGCUGUAAAACUUAAGAAGACAAUUAAGUCUGAUAACAGCAAAAAAUUAGUGAAACAGAAUUCCAAGGAUUCAGUGAUAUUGGUUGGCUAUAAGUGCUUAAAAAAUUCAAACUUGGGAGAAAGCAGUAAAUCUGAAGAAGGGCUUUCAAUAUGUCCAAAAGAUGGGCUGGUACCCACAGGUAGACAACUCGAUGAUAGGUCUGAAGUAAAUAGUGAGUUGUUAUGUCAGCAUAAAGAACUGAUACCUCUUCUGGCAAGUAUGGAAAAAAACACAGAGACUAUAAAAGCUAAAAACCUCAAUGAAUUUGGUUGCAACAACAAUCGCAAAAUAGAAUCUUGCACAUUUGCUUCAUUAGAUGUAUUCCGGGCAGGUCCUGAGGCUUCAGGUGCAAGAGCGACUGAAAAUUCAUCUGAUUAUUUAAAUAGCCAGCAAGUAGCACCAGCAUCAGGAGUCAAAUGUAUUCAAGUCAAGCCACAAACUAAAUGCACGUAUGAAGGGGAAAAAGUAACAAUCUUAACAGCUCCCAAGAUCCCUGUUAAAAAUUAUGAUCAAGAUAUUUGUUUAUCUCCUGAGCCUCAGCUCCUGGAUUCUAAACCUACUUGUUUACUGUUGGAAAAUGAUCCACUACAUCCUAUUACAUCUGAGAGCACAGUGCCAAAUGCAUGUACAAAGUCUUUUAAUUUGGUAGUAAGUGGAGAUGCUGUUAAAUUGCCAGACGUUAUAGUCACUUGCUCUUCUUCCAGAAUUUCAGAUUCAGGCAUUGAAAGUGAACCGAGUUCUUUUGCAUUUCAACCAGAUUCAGAUUUAGUCUCUGAGCCAGUUUUGGAAAAAGUUGCGCUUAAUGAAAAGUCCUGUAUGCAGCUGCUACUAAAACCAGAUUUAAGUUUAAGGAAUGUAAUUGAAAGCCACUGUACAGAGAGUACAAGUGCUGUAAGUGAAAUACAGUCAUCUUUGACUUCUAUAAAUUCUUUACCAUCGGAUGAGGAUGAUGAUGCACAACCAGUUGAUGAAAGUUUGAAAGCUGCCACCAUUCUUGCUCAACAAGCAAACAGUGAACAACCUGAGCUCAUUUUAGCUGAAGCAGACCAGUUCAAAUCAAAAGUAAAAAAAUCCAGUGUCAUAGUUCAAGAAGAAAGUGUUACAUUCUUUGAAUGUUCAGGGUCUACAGAAUCAGCUCCUCAUGCUUCUGUAAUUUCUAAUGAAUUUUGUAACUGUGUUGCUAGACAAGAAAGUAAAACCAACAAUCAACAACAAGAUAUUAGUUGUGAUAAUAGUUGUAGAGAGAUUCAAAACUUCGUUGAAGUAUUCAAUUUAGAGAAAGCAACCACAAAACAUAUAAUUAAACUGAACUCCGAAGUUAUUCAUCUUGAUGAACCAAGCUGUCCUACUUCAGAUGUGACAGAGUUUGGCCAGAGUGUGGAUCCAGAAUUGCAAACAAAAGAGCUUGCAGAUGUAAUUCAAGUGUUUGAAAUUCCAGAUCUUCAGGAAGCAGAAGGUAGUGUGCAGGCAACUCUCUCAGCUACCAGCAGCAUUGACAUUGUAAAGCAAGGGUUAGUAGAGAAUUAUUUUGGAUCAAGAAGCAGUACCGAUCUUUCUGAUAUUAGUCCUGGUGGUGGUGGCAGCUGGCGCACGAGUCCUCAAAAGGAGACUUUUGGCCCUGUUACUCUUGCACAACUAGAAGAUGAAGAGGAACAAGAAAUGAUAGAAAAUGGCUAUUAUGAAGCUGACAAUGAUGUUGUGUGUGAUGGAAAUUAUAUAGUCAGAUCUGAGCUAAUUAAUGCUGAUCAUACUACAGGAGCAAGCUUGCCAGGGCCAUGCAUUCCGACUUGCUUAUCAUUUUCGUCAGUUGUCAGAGAUUCCCCAUCUAUCAGUGGACCAUCUUCUAGAAGUAAACCUGAAGCAAUUACAAAACAACCAAUCAGUGCUGUCUCGAGCUGUGUUGGAUCAGUUUCCUGGUAUGAGGAUGCUGCUUCAAAAGAACAAAUGCACAUAUUUCUCCAGGCAAAAGAAGAGCUGAAGCUACUGAAGUUUCCUGGUUUUAUGUACAGUGAUAUUCCUGACUUAGCUUCCAAAAUUCCAUACUUCAGCUUGGAGAGCGAUGAGAACUUGGAUGAUGGUAUUCAUCUAAUAGUUUGCGUCCAUGGAUUGGAUGGAAAUAGCGCUGACCUACGUUUGGUAAAAACCUAUAUUGAACUCGGAUUGCCAGGGACCCAAAUAGACUUCCUUAUGUCAGAGAGGAAUCAGAAUGACACAUUUGCAGACUUCGAUUCCAUGACUGAUCGACUUUUGGAUGAAAUAAUACAAUAUGUUCAGAUUUACAACCUUACAGUUUCCAAAAUCAGCUUUAUAGGACACUCUUUAGGUAAUUUAAUCAUUCGAUCAGUACUUACAAGACAAAGAUUUAAAUUUUACUUAAACAAAUUGCACACGUUCCUUUCUUUGUCUGGACCUCAUCUUGGGACCUUGUACAACAGCAGCGCACUUGUCAAUACAGGACUCUGGUUUAUGCAGAAGUGGAAGAAAUCUGGGUCCCUACUGCAGCUGACUUGUAGAGAUCAUUCUGAUCCUCGUCAAACUUUUCUAUACAAACUCAGUAAGAAAACUGGUCUCCAUUACUUCAAAAAUGUGGUAUUAGUUGGCUCGCUACAAGAUCGUUAUGUCCCUUACCAUUCUGCUCGAAUUGAGAUGUGCAAAACUGCUUUAAAGGAUAAACAGUCAGGUCCAGUAUAUGCUGAGAUGAUCCAAAAUCUUCUUUCACCAGUUUUGGAAAAUAAGGAAUGUAAUUUGGUCCGAUAUGAUGUCAUCCAUGCAUUACCCAACACAGCUAACUCGUUAAUAGGACGAGCAGCUCACAUUGCUGUUCUUGAUUCAGAAAUCUUUUUAGAGAAGUUUUUUCUGGUUGCGGGCCUUAAAUACUUUCAGUAAGAAUGUGUGCCAUAAACUUUUACCUCUUUAUUCAAAGAAACACAUUUGAUCACAGAACAUAGUCUCUGCCUAAAAAGACUAUUUGUACAAUUUUGUAUUAAAAAACAAUUUACAUUGUUUUUGAGGUUAGUUAAAAGGUCCGAAUAUGUUUUUGCCUGUUGGUUUGUGCUGUGCAAUACCAAUUUUAUAUUUUUAUUGGUCUUAUGUACUUAUUUCUGUUGUGUUUUUCUGUAUUUUUCAGAAAUUUUAUUUUGCCUUUUUAAGUAUCAGUUAAUAGUUGAAAUUAUCAGAGUGCACUGUUUAUAUUUUUAUUUUCUAAUUUUUUUAAAGUUAUUAUUCAAUGAUUAAGUUAGAAGUAAAACAUUAAUUUAAUUCAUGACUUCCAAAGAAGCAUUCUCAUAUAAUCUAUUGGGAGCCUGUUGUUUGUUUCAUUCGUUAACACAGACUUUAGCAACUGGAAACCCUGUAAAAAGCUGCUAUAUAUUUAUAGAUUUUUAACUUCGCUCAACUUAGGAAAAUUACAGAUAUGUUUUUCAUUUCAUGCAGUCUUGCUGCAUGGACCAAAAUUUCUUAUUCAUACAUUCAUAAAUGUGUAUAUUUUAUCACUGUCCAGUUUUAAACCAUUUCACAAAUGUCUGCAAUACAUUUUUAUACAGAAAACAUUCUACAAAUUUUAACCAUACCUGUGGAGCAUUAGUACCUUUUCUACUGCUGAAGUGGAAAGACUUUUUUGCAAUGGAACUUUUAGAACUGAAGUUACUAUUUUCAAAUCUUAUAAUAUUCUGUACAUUGACUUGAACUUUUCACUGUCAUGCCAAUCUGAUAAAUGUUGAAUUGAAAUGAUUUUUACUGCAUGAUGGUAUAAAUUGAACACAAUGAGCCCAGCAUAUACAAAGGAUUUAAGUAAAUACAUUUUGUGAGGUUAAUAGUGAAAAGCCUAUAUUUUAACUUUAGUUUAUUGAACCACCUGAUUACUAAGAUUCAUAUAUGUCUGUCUAUUCUUAGACAUUCACUAAAAAGUUAUCCUUUGUAAUAAUCAUAUUUUAAAAUUAUAUGAAAACGUGUGACAGUAAGAAGUCAUUUUAUUGUGGCUUCUGUGACUGGAGAGCUGUACUGCAUGUGAUAUUACUGGUUGUAAUAUGUCAGUAUUGCAUCAGCUUGGCAAGGGCAAGAGCUGCAAGAUUGAAGUAGUCAAAUAAUUUAUUGUUAACAUUUUUUAAAAAAUUGUGACAAUUGGACAUGUUUCACUCUAAUUUCUGAGGAAAAACUUCCAGUUAAUUUAUUUAGAUUAUCCUGAUUAACAAUAUAACAUUAUUAUUGGUUACGGUUAUAUAUGAGACAAUGCCAAGUAAAAAGGCAUGUGGUGCUGUUACACAUGCUUUUAACAAAUUUAUUUUGAAUUUUUAUUGAAACACUACAUCCUUUUAAGAAGGCAUGUCAUUUGUCUGUAGUCUUAUUUUCAAAUACCUACAAUGCAUAAGCAAUGAUCAUUGUACCAGCAGCAGUUAAAUAUUAAAAAAAAUGUAUAUUACUGUACUGUGCAAAUUAAAUCUUUCUUUUGUAUUUUUCA